GUCACUAACUCGAGGUCGUCAGACGAGUGUAGUUGGGACACCAGGGAUAACCAUGCACUUUGCCACCAUUCUACUGCUAUGUACAGGAGCCGUGUUCUUCGCUAGAGGGGACCCUGUCAGCGAAGGGGAUGGCAUCCAUCCACGAUCCCCACGUGUCAAGAGAGCCCCUGGCGAUACGGAAAGGGACUGCACAGCGACGCCUCCGUACAUCCCCCCGACGGCUAAAGACACAACAGCCCUGCUGGCCAGUCUGCGGCAGGCCAUGCAGACUAGCGGGUACUUCGCCGGCUCUAUACAGGCUUAUAUUAUUCCUGCAGGAGACGCGCAUCUGAGUGAAUACAUCUCCACACGGGACAAACGUCGUGAGUUCAUCAGUGGAUUUACCGGGUCAGCAGGUACUGCAGUAGUGACGAAUGACGCAUCCGGCGGUAAGGCGGCGCUGUGGACAGACAGUCGGUACUUCCUACAGGGGGAACAGGAGUUGGACUGUAACUGGAUACUCAUGAAACAAGCCGAAGAAGACGUCCCCACUAUAGAAGAGUGGCUGGUUAGUGAGCUGAACCCGGGAGGACGGGUGGGAGUGGACCCACAGCUGGUCUCUAUCAGUACAUGGAAGCAGUACGAUGAUGCUUUACAAGCAGACGGUAUAUCCUUAGUUGGCAGUAGUGGUGGAAACUUGAUUGAUGAUAUCUGGACUGACAGACCGCCACCUUCAACAGCGCCCCUUAUCACUCUCGGUCUGAACUACACAGGGAAGUCCUGGGAAGACAAGCUCACAGACAUACGGGGGAAAAUGACCGAGACAGAGGCGGACGCACUGGUGCUGACUAAACUGGACGAAGUGGCCUGGUUGGUUAACCUGCGAGGCAGUGAUGUUCCGUUCAACCCUGUCUUCUUCGCGUACGCCAUUGUCACUGCCGACACCGCCAAGUUGUACCUGGACAUGAGCAAAGUGACAGAUGACGUGAGAAGUCACUUGCAGCUGGGCUGUACGACAGGUGCGUCAUGUGUGCAGGUGGCGGCGUACGACACCCUCCUGACAGCCGUGGAGGCGCUGGCCGCCGACUCCAACAUCAGGAAGAUCUGGAUCAGUUCAGCCUCUACCACGUAUGCCGUCUUCAGUAAAAGCAAACAGAUCCUUGACGCGUCACCGGUGAUGAAGAUGAAGUCUAAGAAGAACCCAGUUGAACAGCAGGGACUGAAGAAUGCUCACGUCCGUGACGCCGUGGCCAAGUGUGAAUACCUGAUGUGGCUCGAGGAAGCGGUACCUGGUGGAUCUGUGACGGAAAUAUCUGGAGCAGACUAUCUCGAACAACUACGAUCACGACAGCGGGACUACAUGGGCCUCAGCUUCCCCGCUAUAUCAGCCUCAGGGCCCAACGGAGCAGUCGUGCAUUACAGGCCAACUGAAGAGACAAACAGGGCAGUCAAUACAGAAGAUGUUUAUCUAAUUGAUUCAGGUGGUCAAUAUAGGGACGGCACUACUGAUGUAACCAGAACUUUGCACUUUGGGCAGCCGACUGACUAUCAGCGAGAAUGUUAUACCCUGGUUCUUAUGGGUGCCAUCAACGAGUUCCUUCAAGUCUUCAAGCAAGGAACAUUUGGAAUCCGGCUGGACCAGGCCGCUCGGGCUCCCCUGUUUAGCCGCGGGCUGGAGUACGGUCACGGGACGGGGCACGGACUGGGGUCCUUUCUCAACGUGCACGAAGAUCCUUACUUUGGCCGCAGCUCAGGUGUCCCGGUUGGAGAGACGGGAACGUUUAUUACCAUAGAGCCGGGUUAUUAUGAAGACGGACAGUUCGGCAUUCGUUUGGAGACCCUGGCUAUGGUGAGAGAAGCAGACACAAAGUACAACUUCGGCGGUAGAACCUACCUGACCUUUGAACCAAUUACACUGGUGCCGUUUUCAGAGAAAAUGAUCAAAUUUGACAUGCUGAACAUGGAUCAGCUAACAUGGCUGAACGACUACCACAAAAAGGUGCGAGAGACGAUUGGACCUGAGCUUCAGCGUCAGGGAAAGAACGACGUCUAUGAUUGGUUAAUGAAAAACACACAGCCAUUCGAAACGAGCAGGAUAACUAGUUCAGGAGCUAAAGCCGUCUCUUAUGUUUUCAUCAUUGCGUUUGCUGUUGUGUGUAGUAUUUUUAGUACGUAGAUAUAUUGUUGGUUGUAUAAAGCCCUUGUCACACAUUAGGAACCUACUUUUCAGCCAAACAUGGUCGUAGCCUACCUGGCCGAACACCAGCCAACCAAUCCGCUUUUAAUUGCUCCGGACCUACAUUGUACUCCUAACUACCAGGUAUGGUUGAGGGGAGUUCGGUAGUGUUCGGGAGGCCAUAUAAGGCUAUGUGUGACAAUGGCUUUAGACAACAUUACUGAAGUCUAGUUUUCUAUGCACGAAUUUACCGGUGGAUAUUCAUACAUGUACUCAAUCAUAAAGGGCUACGCUAGUGAAGAUUUAGUUCAAAGGGACAUUGCACCAGGUUUGCACAGCAUUCUUAUCUUAUACUACAUA